UACCAUGUAAUGACUUAAUUGAACCCAACAACUCAGUUUGAUUUUGGGAUACCAAUUUCAAAUAUCUGCAGCUCAGGCAUCAGCAGUGAGCUAGUUGUUCUCCUUUUUCCAUUGACAUCAAAGUUGUUUCUAUUGCUAGAGUGCUGUCAUGGGAGCAGAACGGCCAAAAGACUCAUUAAAAGAGAUGGACUGGAAAAGUCUGGGUGGAGAAAGUAAGGUGCCUGGUCUUGAACCAGCUGUGAAGAAACGGUUUCCAAAAAAGAUUCGACAAGUUCCUGAUUAUUAUUUCCUCCCACGGAGAUCCUUACCAUAUUCCAUAGCCUUUUAUGGGUCAUUUAUUGCUGCCGGAGUUGGCGCAGGGAUGCUACUCGAAGCAUGGAUCAACAAGAAGGUCAAAGUUGGCUGGACUUGUGAUUGCAGAGGAUGGAGGAGUCAUUUGGGAGUUUGACAAAUGAAUACUUGAUCAUGUUGCAGCUCAUUCAUUUUGUUUUCCAGUUGCAUUUUCGCGCCAAGUAGUUUGCGUAGACCUGGACAGUUCAAAAGUUUGUAUACAGGAUAAUACAAUCUUCAUUCUGUAUCUUUACAUUUGAGGAGAAGAGUGCAACACUCACUAAAUGUUGGAUUUCGAAAAUCCUACUAAAAUACUAUUUAGCCCCUGAUGGAUGGAAUAUGAGUAAAAAGAUUGUGUAUCUGGAAUGUAACUAGAAAAUUAUGAUAUUUGGCCUAUUCUACUUUCUCAGUCCUUUUGUUGUAUUUAAUACAAUCACGACUUUUGUU